GUCCGACACACCAUCGCGUUGGUUGAAGGUGCUAUUCCUCCAAAGGGUUGCGUAUACCAAAUGGGACCCGGUGAGUUGGAGGAGCUUCGGCGACAGAUUGAUGAGAUGAUUGACAAGGGGUGGAUCAAGCCUAGCGAAUCUGAAUUUGGUGCUCCUGUGUUGUUUGUUCCAAAGAAAGGAGGCAAACUCCGCAUCUGUAUUCACUAUCGCGGCCUAAACCGCAUCACAAGAAAGAACGCCUAUCCAUUGCUCCGAAUAGAUGACUUGCUUGAUGCCGCAGGUGGGUGCAAGGUCUUCUCCAAGAUCGAUCUCAAGUCUGGCUACCACCAGAUUGAAGUCGAUCAUGCGGACCAGCACAAAACUACGUUCAAAACACGCGAUGGGCUUUACAAGUUUACCGUAAUGCCCUUCAGUCUCACGAACACACCGGCCACCUUCGAAAGCCUCAUGGACAAAGUCCUCCGCGAACAGAUUGGCCGGUUCGUGGUGCUCUACCUCGAUGACAUACUAAUCUUCAGCAAGUCCAUGGAGGAACACCUCAAGCACCUUGAGGAAGUACUGACCAUCCUCAAGAAGACGCAACUUCAUCUCAACUUAGAGAAAUCUCAGCUUGGGAAGGAUAGCGUCAUCUAUCUUGGGCACCGGUUGUCUGCUGCAUGCCUAAAGCCUGAGGCAACCAAGGUGGAGGUCAUACGCAACUGGCCUCAGCCCGUGAAUGUUCGCGAGCUGCGCUCUUUUCUUGGUCUCGCGUCAUACUAUCGGAAGUUUGUGCCCCGCUUCUCCAUUGUUGCGCGUCCAUUGUCUCGACUGACAAGUAAGAAUGUUCCCUAUUUUUGGGACACCACGUGCAUGAACGCCUUUCAAGCUUUGAAAGACGCCUUGACAAGCGGCAUGGAGCAGCAGCAAGGCGAGACUACCAAGGCCUAUGAGACCCGCAUGUUGGACAUGGUGGCAGAGUUCAAGCAACAGGCAGCUGCGGCAACAUCCGCACGUAAGAAGGAAGAUGAGGAAGCAGAGGAACAACGUCGCCUUGCUGAACAGCAGCGACAGGAGGACGCUGAGGCAGCAAGGAAGGCCGCAGACGAACGUCGUCGACUACCCCGAGACAAACUCCUCGAAUGCGAGAGGGACAUCGAGGUGAUCGUCGGCGAAUGGGCAGUGGCUGCUGAAGAGGAGGGUGCCCCCUCUGCUGUGCGUGGCCUGGCAACCAUAAUCGAACAUGUGAGCGACUUGGUCGCCACCUCUGCAGCACAGCAAGAGGACAUCCUCUGCGUGGACACCCUGGUUCGGAAGCAGAUUCGAAUUAUUGAUGAACUGCUUGACUCGCGAACCGACGAGAUAGGCCUAUGUUUUCUACGAGCCGCCGUGACGACCGAAUUUUCACCUACAGACUUGUCUUCGGACCCCCGAGUGGUGCGGUUGCUCAACGAGUUCACCGACAUCUUCGAGUCUCCUACCUGUGUGGUGCCGGAUCGGACGAUCUCCCACGAGAUCAAUCUUGAGGCCUGUGUCGUGCCGUCGAAAGGAUACAUCUAUCGAACAAGCGAGGAAGAGCUCGCGAUUCUCCGCGCUCAACUCGACGAUCUUUUGGACAAGGGCUGGAUCCGCCCUAGUAGCUCACCAUACAGUGCGCCAGUUCUCUUCGUACGGAAGAAGAACAAGGAUCUUCGCUUGUGCAUCGACUACCGCAAGCUCAACACACAAACCGUCAAGAAUGCAGGACCUCUUCCGCGGAUUGACGACCUUCUCGAGCAUUUGGGCGGCGCGAAAUUCUUCUCAAAGUUGGACUUCAAGUCGGGCUACCAUCAAAUCUCAAUACGCCCACAAGAUUGCUACAAAUCCGCGUUCAAGAUGCGGUACGGGCAUUUUGAGUGGAUCGUUCUGCCUUUUGGCCUCACCAAUGCCCCAACGACCUUUCAAGCGGCCAUGACCAACGAGUUUUGUGCGAUGCUGGACCGGUUCGUACUAGUCUACUUAGACGACAUUCUCGUCUAUAGCCGGACAUUGGAGGAUCAUCUUGAGCACCUUCGACGAGUGUUGGAGACGCUCCGCCGCGCCAAGUACAAAGCCAACCGCGGCAAGUGCGAAUUUGUCCGGCAAGAGCUGGAAUACUUGGGCCAUUUUGUCACACCGGAGGGCGUCAGUCCAUUGUCGAACAAGAUUCAAGUCAUCCAAGAGUGGCCAGAGCCGAAGACCGUCACAAAUGUCCGUUCCUUCCUUGGCUUAGCCGGCUACUAUCAAUGCUUCAUCAAGGGAUACUCGAAGAUCGCGGUUCCUUUAUCCAAGCUUCAAUGCGAGGACCGGCCAUUCGACUUCGACGACAAUGCGCAGACUUCCUUUUUGGCUCUCAAAGCCGCAUUGCUAUCCGCGAAGGUGUUGCACAUCUACGAUCCGCUUUUGUCGACACGUGUCACUACCGAUGCGUCCGACUAUGGCAUUGGUGCCGUUCUCGAGCAACAUGACGGUGUGGACUGGCAUCCGAUCAAGUACUUUAGCAAGAAAGUGCCCAUCGUGCACUCGAUUGACGAUGCACGGAAGGAGGAAUUAUUGGCCUUCGUACACGCGCUCAAGGGCUGGCAGCAUUUUCUUCUCGGUCGACGGCAGUUGUGAUAGGUAACGGAUAACAAUCCAUUGGUCUUCUACAAGACCCAAGACACGGUCAAUAGCACCAUUGCCCGUUGGAUG